AUGUGCAACAACUUUGGUCAUCAUGCGGUGGGAUGUAUCAUUGAGAAAAUCUCAGGCAUAAGCUAUGGUGAAUUUCUCGCCAACCGUAUCCUCAAGCCUUUGAAUAUGACUUGGACAUUUACAGAGCAACCUUCAAGGAUGGAUGGGAACAUCUCAGUAGCUUAUCUUGCCUACCACGAUUUGAAGCUACGCGGGGUUCCCAGUCGUUAUAUCUCAAGCGAUACCGUUGCGUUUUCCGCAGGCGGCAUUCGAAGUUGUAUGUGGGAUCUCCUUGUGUUUUAUGGUUCUCUUCUACGAGCAAUUGCUACAUCGACCAGGAUUGAGGAGCUCAGCAUUAAUGUUAAAGAGCUUCGUGCUAUCUUUGACGCUUCUAUUCCUCUCAAGGCCUCCAAGGCUCUUCGCGAGCAGUCCUAA